AUGUCCCAAUCAAGCAGCAACGGAACAACUGCCAACCGAAAGCACAAUGAACCUCACUCAGCAACUUGUGAGCGGAAAAAGAAUCAUAAUGCGUUGAGAUUUUCCGAUACAAACGAACUCCGAGACCACCGCACGAAGCCCACGAAGCCCACGAAGCCCACGAAGCCCACGAAGUCCAUGAAGUCCACGAAGCUCACGAAGCCCACUGCUUAUGAGCUGAUCCAGCUUCCGGAACACUACGACUCUGAUUGGGAAUAUCACGAAUCAUUUGGUGAAGAGGACACGGAUGAUGAGGAUAAUGAGGAUGGAUAUCAUGCAUAUCAGUGUGAAUACGGAGACGAAAGUGAUUUGGAGGAGAAAUCAGCGUCGAGAAACGAAUGGGGGAAGGACAUUUAG